UGAUGCCUGGGGUGACCUGCAGCCCCGGUGUGUGUUGUUAUGUAGUACGGUGUAUCAUGAUGUCCUCUCCUUAUUUCGUGCAGAGGUCUGUGGUCACUCGAAGCGGUCACCAAACUAACAGCUGUACAGCUGUGGCAUCUCUCCGCUCCAAACUGACCCACGGACGAAGAAUCGUGGACCCAGUCCAGUCUGUGGCAGUGAAAGAGGAGGAGCAGGAGGCGAACAUCUCUGAUCAAAGACCCUCCUCGGCCCCCUUAGCAGCGGAUGGUUACUCUAAAAUCCUUCCAAAAACAGAAACUGAUGCUUCAUUGCUGUCUUCACACCGCCUCAGGAGGAGACAGCUAAAGGUAGAAUAUGACAAGGAUGAAAAUGAUUCCCAAGUGAAAAAGGAGCACUGGGAGCCUCCUGAAUGGACAAAACAGCUGGGAUUCAUACGGGAGAUGAGGAGUGGUCGUGAUGCACCAGUUGAUCACAUGGGAGCAGAGAAAUGCUAUGAUGCAGAAGCUCCUGCACAUGUGAGACGUUUCCAGGUGUUGGUGUCACUCAUGUUGUCCAGUCAAACCAAGGACCAGGUGACAGCAGCUGCCAUGCAGAGGCUGCGAACCCAUGGAUGUACUGUUGAAAAAAUACUCACUACUGAUGAUGAAACACUGGGAAAACUCAUUUACCCUGUUGGCUUUUGGAGGAAUAAAGUAAAGUACCUGAAGCUGACAUCAGCCAUGCUGCAGAGAGAGUUUGGAGGGGACAUACCAAACAGUGUGGAGGGACUGGUCCAGCUGCCUGGAGUUGGACCUAAGAUGGCCCACCUUGCCAUGGACAUUGCCUGGGACCAGGUGUCAGGCAUAGGUGUGGACACACAUGUGCAUCGGAUCACUAACAGACUGGGUUGGCUCAAGAAACCGACCAAGAAUCCAGAGGAAACUCGCAAGGCCCUGGAGGAGUGGUUACCCAGGGAGCUAUGGAGUGAGAUCAACUGGCUGCUUGUGGGUUUUGGACAGCAGGUCUGUCAACCUGUGAACCCCCUCUGCUCCAUGUGUCUGAACCAGUACAGCUGUCCUUCUGCCCACAAAAACUCUCCUUUAAAGAGACCUAAAGCCGGAUCCCCACGCUUUCCAAGCCCAACCUCCUCCUCUAAAAUAAAAGCUGAACCAGAACAGGAAUCUGCUGUUAAAGUUGAGAAGGAGUCUAUGCCCACACCCAUUCCCCCCACCGUACAGAAGAAACUAAAAAACAAGGUUAAACGCUGAUUUAGUUUCAGUCAAACAAGUUUUUGUCUAAUCUGUGACCAAAUAGUGAACAAGAGGUCAGACUAUGUUCAACACACACUCUAAAAAUAUGAAUGUACGCUACACCUGGAUAUGUUCAGCAUGUUUGCAGUUAUUUCUUUUUUAUUAACACUAAAAUUAUAUUUUUUCAUGUAAUGAGAAAACAUAUUUUUGUACUGUAAAUGCCUCACUUUUUUAAACAAAAUAAAAUAAAAUAAACCUUUCAUACACUGGA